AUGUCCGCCGACUUCUGGGCGGGCUACAUCUCAGGCGCCGCCGGUAUCGUGUUGGGAAACCCACUCGAUGUGCUCAAAGUCCGAUUGCAAGCCGGACUCUCGUCAUCUUCAUCUCAUACCCAGAUUAGCCCGUCGGUAACCAGCCCACCCACAUCACUCACACCCUCUGGCUCCCCGAUUUCUCAACGACUCAACCCUCAAUCCUUGCCGUCUGCUGCAUCCUCAUACUUCCGCCCAUUCCUCGUCGGGACCGCGGCCCCUGUGUUAGGCUACGGCGCUCUGAACGCACUGCUCUUCGUCUCCUACAACCGCACCGAAGCCUUUCUCAACGACUUAUUAUGCACCGGAGGUGGAAGCGGAGGACGUGGCACCAAUCUCCUAACAACAUGGCUCGCCGGCGCCGUAGGCGGGCUCGCAACCUGGGUAGUAUCAGCUCCAACCGAGCUCGUCAAAUGUCGAGCGCAACUCCGCGGCCAGCAAAUCCCUUCCCCAUAUCCCGGGCCAUUCGCAUCCCCCCAACCGGCUUCACCACCCCCCUCAUCCUCCUGGCACAUAACCAAGGACAUCCUCAAAACCCACGGUGUCCGCGGCCUCUACAAAGGCGGCACCGUCACGGCCCUACGAGACAGUAUCGGAUACGGCUUCUACUUCUGGGGAUACGAGCUCUGCACACGCUGGUUCCCUUCCCCCUCCCCCACCUAUAACUCCAAUACCGGAGCCAGCAACCUCCUCACCAGCGACGCCGCUCGCGUGCUCCUCUGCGGUGGGCUGGCAGGCAUCAUCACUUGGGCCAGUAUCUUCCCUCUCGACGUGAUCAAAACCCGCGUUCAAACCCAGAUUCAAACACAAAUACAACAAGGUACCAACAGCGAAAGAACAUCCCUUCUCGCAGGCGGCACAAGGCCACCGGAAUCAAAAUCACCGGGAGCUUGGGAAGUAGCCCGUGAAACAUACCGUCAAGGCGGGCUGCGUCCUUUUUUCCGCGGGUUGGGGGUGUGUAGUGUGCGAGCGUUUAUUGUGAAUGCGGUGCAGUGGGCGGUGUAUGAGUGGAUUAUGGCUGAGUUGGGGGAGGGGAGGGCGAAGAGGCAGGCGGUGAGGGGGGAUGUGGGUGGUGAGGUUGGGGUGUUUGUUGGGUAG